AUGGCCGUUCCACAGACCCAGCGCGCCCUUCUCCUCACCAGGAUUGGCCAGCCAUUGACUCUAGUGACUGAUCGACCAGUGCCUCAGCCAGGUCCAAACCAAGUCCAGGUCAAAGUCAGCAUCGCCGGGCCGAAUCCACAUGACCAACUCUCCCGGGACAUUGGACUCUUUGUAGAGGAGUUCCUUCCAGUUGCGAUCACGAACGACGUUGUCGGCACCGUCACCGCUCUAGGAUCGAAUGUGGCCAGCUUUGCAGUCGGUGACGUGGUCUUCGGACAGGCGAAUUUCGAGAAGGGGAGCCCCCAGAACGGCACGCAGGAAUACUGCGUCCUCGACAGCGAUUUCACAGCCAAGGUCCCUCAUGGCGUCUCUCCAGACGAGGCUGCCACCUUGCCCACGAACUCGGCCACCAGCGUAAUCUCGCUCUUCGAUGAAGCCAGCCUCGGACUGCCCGCUCCUUGGGCACCCGACGCCACGAACUUGGAUCUCAAAACCAAAUCGAUCCUCAUCGUCGGAGGCGGCACCUCGUGUGGCAAAUUCGGCGUGCAACUCGCCUCGCUCGCCGGGCUCGGCACGAUCGUGGUCGUUGGCGGACCCGAGAACGAACUCAAGUCGUACGGCGCGACGCACGUCCUCGACCGCCACUUACCCUACGAAGAGCUUCUAGGCAAGAUCCGAGAGGUCGUCAGCGACGACCUCCUCUACGCCUACGACACAGCGAACCCACCAGAGGGUCAGAUCCUCGCGAUCAACGCCCUGAGUUCCACCAAGCGAGGCCGCUUCGCUCGGUUGUUGCCCAUCGGACCCGUCGACGAGUCUAAGCUCGAGCCCAAGAAGGCAGGCUUCGAGCUGUGUGAUAUCCACGGCAGCUGCCAUGCGCAUCCUGUGCUAAGUAAGACGUACUGGGAAAGGUUGCCUGGUUUCUUGUGCGAGGGGAAGAUCAAGCCUGGGAAGUAUGAGGUCGCGCAUGGGUUGGACGUCGAUGCGUUUAAUGCUCUGCUCGAUCGGUAUAGGGAUUACUUGCCUGUGGUGAAGACCCAUUUCCACAUCUAA